AGUGACUGUUACUAUGUUCCUUCAUCAAUGUAGUAGCUUGUGCGCGAAUAAGACAGAUGCUGAGCAGAACGACAACAUGCGACGUUUUAAAACAGCUUUUUUUUUUUAUUAAACAUGCGAAUAUUUUACUCUUAAUUAUUUAGCUCGCUUAAUAUAUAAGUAGUUGAAGUGCACGUAUGUACGUGAAACUGUUGUUUGCGUUGUUUCAUUGACGUGGUAACAUUUUAUCCAACAUAAAGUGCUGUGACUUGUAUGGUCGUAAACUUCACAGCAUUUUAUUUUAAGCCGUCGUCGUCUUAGUUUUAAUCAAAGAUCGGCAGCUCAAACAGUCAUGUCAGUGACAGGUGAGUUGGACUUGCUGGAAUCCAGUUCUGAUUUUCCCCAUCAGUCCACUGGUUUGAGUGAAAGGACACUUACACCAGAAGAGCUGGAGAAACUCAGGAAUGACCGAGUCUUAGUGUCAGACUUCAAGCAGCAGAAACUCGAAUUGGAAGCUCAGAAAAACUGGGACUUGUUUUAUAAAAGAAACACGACGAACUUUUUCAAAGACAGGCACUGGACUACCAGAGAGUUUGAUGAACUCAAAAACUGCAGAGAGUCUCAGGGGCAGAAGCUGGUGUUAUUGGAGGCUGGCUGUGGGGUUGGAAACUGUAUUUUCCCUCUUCUGGAAGAGGAUCUCAAUAUCUUCAUUUAUGCCUGUGACUUCUCUCCACGAGCUGUUGAAUUUGUGAAACAAAAUGCCUUGUAUUGCACCAAGCGAUGCCUUGCGUUUCAGUGUGACCUCACUAAGGACGAUCUCCAAGCCACCAUACAAGUGGAGACAGUAGAUGUAGCCACACUGAUAUUUGUUCUGUCUGCAAUUCAUCCUGACAAGAUGCAGAAAGCCCUGGAACAAAUGUAUAAGGUAUUAAGACCAGGAGGUAUUGUCCUCUUCAGGGACUAUGGACUGUAUGAUCAUGCCAUGUUGAGGUUUAAGUCGGGCAAUAAGCUGGGCGAGAAUUUCUACGUAAGACAAGAUGGGACCCGCUCCUUUUUCUUCUCAAGAGAGUACUUGGCUGGUUUGUUCCAACAGGCAGGAUUUGAGACUCUUGUGAACGAGUAUGUUUUGAGAGAAACUGUGAAUAAAAAAGAGGGUCUGUGUGUUCCCAGGGUGUUCUUGCAGAGUAAAUUUCGCAAACCUGUUUCAUCAUUAUCACCAGUGUAAAUAAGUCACAUUUUUGUAAAUGUAUUUUUCAAAGUGUCAUGCAUUAAUUUAUUGCAUUUCGGAUAAAUAACAUUUUCAGUCAGAUGUUGUUUUUACUGUCUCAUAAUGAAAUAAAAUCUGUAUAUUUUUCAA